AAAAGCUCUACAAUGUACCGCAGUACGGGACAGCGAGUCAGACAACUCUCGUGGUAGUGUUGGUGGUAGUUUUGUUGGUGGUAUUGGUGUUGGUGGUAUGAGAAAAGCAAGCAGCCAUCUAGGAACACGACUUAUUAUUGGUCAAAAUUUUCACACAUUCGAGGAAAAGAACAAACAACGUCUUUUUUUUAGUGCAUAAUAAUUGUUUUUUUUUUUUUUUGGUAGGGCCAAAACGUUAGAAUCGAAUUCGGCCAUUUCCAAAUACCUUCAGUCAAUUGGAAAUCAAUUGAGUACUUUUAUUUCCUUGUUCACGAAAUUAUAUAUACUCUCACUCUCCCUUAUUUCCUCCCUUUCUACUCCUAUCACCCUUUCUCUUUGUAUUUUCGUGUGAAUUUCACUGUCAAAGUAUUCGGCGUUGUUUCGAUCCAAAGCUUUUAGCUGGCUUCCGCCCUUUACCUAUCUCGUGACUGUGAGUGUUUUAGAAGGAAGAAUUCCUUUUCUUAUCAUAGUUCUAAUGACGAAAGGGACGAAUGACACUUAGGGAGAGAAGAUAUUAACUUGAGUACCCUAUAUUAGGUUAAUCGAAAGAAUAAUAUAAUAUUAUUUAUAAAAUUUACUUUUAUUUUCUUAUUACGUGUCUCAUCCUAUGAGAAUUAUUUUUCUUGAUUAAUCGAUCAGAAAUGUAGAAAUGAAGGGUUUUUUUUGUACAAUCAGUUUGGAGUAUAAAUCGUCAAAUGAUUUUUAUUCGUAAUGCAGUGACACAGAAAAAAAGAAUCAAGGCACGCUGUUAACUGGGACAUCUUCAUAUACCUAAUACACACACACACACACAUAUAUAUAGAUAUAUAGAGCAAACCUUUUUUCAAAUCAGCAUUGAUCGUUGUGAAUUAUUGUUGAUACUAUUAAUAACAUUACUAUCAAUUGUUGUUAUUAUUAUUACUAUUAUUAUUCAGGGAAAGUAAUUAAAGUCAGUUUGUGGGAGUCAAAUGGUUAGGGUGGGACGUUGAGCAUGCCCACGGCUCAAGUAUGAAUGAACGUUUUCAAGUAACGUGGUGGUAGUGGUGGUGGUAGUAGUAGUAGUGAUCUGCGUAAGAAUCAAAUCGCGUGAGCGUGCGUGUAGCAAAAAAAAAAUGUGUUAGCAGCAAACAUUGGUGUUGCAUCCAUGUUAUCGGAGAAGUUAAGUAUAAUUUAUAGUUGUUAAAGUACGGUAAGAACGUUGAAAGUAGUUUUUGCUACCGGUUGACCGUGACCUUCACUCUUUUCUCUUACUCCCACAAGCAAAGCAUUUUAUGACGUAUCCAGGUCAGUCGUGGAAAACUACGAAGCGAAUUACUCGUUUUCUCUCAGUUUUCUCGUUGUUGACGUAUCGUGCGGAUCGUUGAAAAAAAAAAUAAAAAAAAAAACCGGAGUAAGAUCAUCAAUUUUUUGAGGCAAGUAAUCAGUAAAUUUUGUAUUUCUGAACCGCCAUGAUCCCCUUUACAAAAUGAUCUCUGUAAUAGUGUUUAGAAGUGGUAUGUACGUGCGCGCGCGUACAACCAACACACCACAUUGUUCCUAGUCAUCCAAAAAAGAAACACGCGCGAAUUUUAAUAGGAACCCGAUGAUAACGUUGAAUAACAAAUAUUUUUCUAAUCUUUGAUAGAUCCAAACGUGUUGGUGACGAGUUGUGAAUAUAUUUCUCGAGAAUAAAUGAUUUGAAAAAAAAAAAAAAUGAAAAGUUGUUUAAACGUUCGAUAUUAAUAAUAGGAUUUUUGUAGAUAAAUUAUUUAACGCGUAUAUGUCAGCUGUUGCAAGAUAAUCUACUCGUUUUUUUAAUAAUUGCGCAAGAUUUGUUAACAACUCUAAUUGUUUUUAUUAUUAAUCAAAGUAUUUAAUGUUAAAUUGUUCAAACAUUUUGCAUACUUUCUUACAAAAUAGUUACAAUGUUAAAUCUAGUUAAUAUUGAAGAUAGUUAUUGUUGAAUUAGGGCAUCGUCGUGUGUUAGUUUGUUACGUGCCCAUUAUAUAAAAUAUUCUUGUUGAAAAAAAAAAAUCGUAUUUGGGUUAAAAAAGUUUGUAAAAUCCAAGGAACGAGGGUUUGAAAUUUGAUGUCGACUUUUACACGUCUUUUCAGUAAACGUAAGAAGAAAUUCGAUUGGAUAGUUUUAACACGUACGAGAUUAUUAUUCAGAUUGUAAAAGGAUUUCAUGAAUGUGUUAAAAGCUGCAAUAAUUUUUUUUUUUUUUAAACGAACGGAAGAAAAAUAAAAAUCAACGAGACACAUUAAUAAUACUUUAAAUAUAGUUUUACCUUUAUACGUAGUAAGUAUAAUAAAUAUAAAUGAGAUAGAGUUAGCACCUUAUUUCUCGGUUUAUAUCGUGCGAAUGAUCGAUCAGAGUUAUUUCAACAAAUUGAAAAUUUCCUUGUUAGGAGGGGUAGUAGGUAUAAAUCUAAUUUUUAUGCAAAUUGGAAUAGAACGAAUGUGAGUUAGGUGAAAGGGAAUAAUACGUCAUUGUCACUCGUUCUUUUUACCCUCUCGUUCUAUCAUUCGAAAACUAUUUUCUUAAACACUAUUCUAAAAAUAGAAAUAUUCUAAGAAAAAAGAUAAGAAAUAAAGAAACAAAUAAGAUAAUACAAGUAAAAAAAAAUCGCGAUAAAACGUAAAGAUACAAAAGUAGAAAAGGGGUAGGAAAAGCAAGUACUCGGUGAAAAAAGAAAAAAAAAGCUCGAAGUUCCGAGGGAGUUUCAUCAUGAAAGGAAGCGCUACGUGCGAUCGAUGCAGUAAUCGAUGCCAGGAUCAAAGAACAAAUUGGAUAAACAUAAGAGAGGACCGCCUAAGAUCGAGAUAUCUGUCACGGGGUUAUCGAACGAGGAGAGCAAAGUGAAAUUAACGAGAAAAAUUGAUAAAAAUCAAAAUCAAAAUCAAAAUCAAAAUCAAAAUCAAAAUCAAAAUAAAGAUGACGAGGAAACGUUUAGAUCGAACAGAUCUUUUUCUAACGAAUCAAAGAUAGGACAAAUAAUUGGUUUAUUGAGGAAACGUAAAAAGCCUCGGGACCCGCUUCCGGGUGCUAACGCGUCAUCGACGGUACCCUUGCUCGAAAUGGGAGCCCGUGGAUGGGAUUAUGAAGCUUUACCAGAAUUGCAUACUUCAACCGCGGUUACGCCAACUUCGACACCACCUAAUGCUCAACAAAAAACUCACUCCCCUAAGGUUUAUUUUCAAACUGAUAAUUUGGCCUCUACGAGAAGACGAAGUAGUUCGAGAUUAAUCGUACCCCAGACGUCAUGCAGAAGAAGAAGUCGAAGUAUGAGUGCUUGGAGCGAUUUAUCUAGGUCAUCUUUCAGAUUGGACGAAAGAGUUCGCGUCGAGUAUUACGUUAACGAGAAUACCUUCAAGGAACGGCUCCAGUUAUAUUUCAUCAAGAACCAACGAUCGAGUUUAAGAAUACGACUGGCCAAUCUUUUCUUCAAACUUCUGACAUGUUUCCUUUACAUAUUCCGAGUUAUAAUCGACAACGAUCCGACCUUCGCAGCAUGUUACGGAUGUAUGCCAGGAAACAAAACGGAAUUUUUAGCAUCGCAAAAUUUAACCGAAGAAGAAUUUCAGGAACAUCCAACCAUCAAUUGGGACGCAAUCCUAUGGGUAAGAAGACCAUUGGAACUUUGGAUCGUACAGGUGAUCCUAGCUAUGGUUUCACUCACGGAAGCCUUGUUACUUGCUUAUCUUGGCUACAAGGGUAACGUCUGGCAGCAGCUUCUAUCAUUCCACUUCAUAUUGGAGUUAGUCAACACUAUACCUUUCACGAUUACGUUAUUAUAUCCACCUAUGAGAAAUCUGUUCAUCCCGGUAUUCUUAAAUUGUUGGUUGGCCAAACAUUCGUUGGAGAAUAUGUUUAAUGAUUUACACAGAGCUAUGCAAAAAUCUCAGUCAGCCUUGAGUCAACAAUUAAUGAUUCUUAGUGCAACGUUACUGUGCCUUGUCUUUACUAGUGUAUGCGGAAUUCAGCAUUUUCAGAGAGCAGGGCAUAGGCACUUAAAUCUGUUUCAAAGUACGUACUUUGUCGUGGUAACAUUUUCUACGGUAGGUUAUGGAGACUUCGUGCCCGAUAUUUGGCCCUCACAACUUUAUAUGGUUAUCAUGAUUUGCGUGGCACUCAUAGUAUUACCAACUCAGUUCGAACAGUUGGCUUUUACCUGGAUGGAAAGACAAAAGUUGGGUGGCUCCUAUUCGUCGCACAGAGCUCAAAGCGAAAAACACGUAGUUGUUUGCAGUACAACACUACACGCCGAUACGAUCAUGGAUUUUCUAAAUGAAUUCUACGCUCAUCCAUUGCUGCAGGAUUAUUACGUCGUCCUGUUAUCACCUAUGGAACUCGACACGACGAUGAGAAUGAUCCUGCAAGUGCCUAUAUGGGCACAAAGAGUGAUUUAUAUUCAAGGAUCCUGUUUGAAAGACGGUGACCUAGCCCGUGCCAGGAUGAACGAGGCGGAAGCUUGUUUCGUCCUUGCUGCGAGAAAUUACGCUGACAAAACGGCUGCCGACGAGCACACGAUACUAAGGUCGUGGGCAGUUAAGGAUUUUGCACCAAAUGUUCCACAAUACGUUCAGAUCUUCCGUCCGGAGAAUAAACUUCACGUGAAAUUUGCGGAACACGUUGUUUGCGAAGAUGAAUUCAAAUACGCCCUUUUAGCGAAUAAUUGUACUUGUCCCGGUGCAUCGACCUUGGUAACCCUACUGUUGCAUACAUCGAGAGGACAGGAGGGACAACAGUCACAAGAGGAAUGGCACAGGCUCUAUGGCAAAUGUUCCGGCAACGAGAUUUACCAUAUAAUCCUAGGAGAUUCACGAUUCUUUGGGGAAUACGAGGGCAAGUCCUUCACCUACGCGUCCUUUCACAGCCACCGGAAAUACGGCGUUGCCUUGGUUGCAGUCAGACCGGCCGAACUUCCCGAAUUUUACGAAGACACUAUUCUACUCAAUCCCGGUCCAAGGCACAUAAUGAAAAAAACUGAUACGUGUUAUUACAUGAGUAUUACAAAGGAAGAAAAUUCAGCCUUUGUUGUGGCAAAUCAUCAAAGUGCAGCUGAACCUACACAGGUAGUCGUAGAGACGAAAACAGACGCGGUGAAUUCUGGUAGCACGACAGGUAGUGGUUCGACUACGACAAAUACCAACACAACUACAACGAGCAUCACUACGACAAUGACAUCUUCGAGUACAGCAGCCACGACAACAACCACCACUGCAACAACCACAACAACCCUCUCGAUAAGUUGCAGUAUACCUGGAACCGGUGGUUCACCUGGUGGUGGUGGAAGUGGAGGUGGAAUUGGAAGUGGUGGCAAUGGUACUGCAAUGAGCCACGGUGCUGCUGAACAGCACCGGACAUUUUCCAACAGUUGUAACGUUGCUCUCAGCGAAACAUCCUCAAGGCAGGAUACCUGCACGGGGCCCCGAGGACAGCAGGCUCGUACCACGAACGGUACCACACCUGCCAAUACUCCUAGGGCCCCGUUACCGCCACAGGUUAUUUUGCAGGUCCUCCCUAGCACGCCCACACCACACCAACACCACAACCUACUCGCAUCCGAUGUCCACCCAAAUUAUCUCGAUCCUGGAGGGUUGGGUGAUUCGAGACAAUAUUUAAAAGAAGCAAGUUCUACACCUCAAACACCAAUUACAGGAAAUCAUUUGGAUGUACCACGUUCUAUCGAUCCUAAUCCAAAUCUUCUCAGUCCAGAAAUUCUCACACAGAGAAGAGGAAGCAGAAGACCGAGUAUCCUUCCUGUACCUGACAUGUUAACGAGUUCAACUUUACAUCUACCAGGACAAGAAUCCUUGGAUCACGAAGGUGACGAAUCGGAAGACGAAAUGGACGAUGACGUUCCAUGGAGAUCGCCUAGUGAAAAAAUAGCAUUUAAAGGGAUAGUCAAAGGUUUUCCACCUGUAUCACCUUUUAUCGGAGUUUCACCUACAUUGUGUUACCUUUUGAAAGAAAAAAAACCCCUUUGCUGUCUUCAAUUAGCUCAGGUUUGCGAACAUUGCACCUAUAGAAACGCUAAGGAAUAUAAUUGGCAGAACAAAACGAUCAUUCUAGCUGCCGAUUAUGCGAGUAAUGGAAUUUACAACUUUAUAAUUCCUCUACGAGCUCAUUUCAGAUCUAAAACAUCUUUAAAUCCGAUAAUUCUACUGUUGGAAAGAAGACCGGAAAUAGCUUUCUUGGAUGCUGUAUCGUAUUUCCCAUUGGUCUAUUGGAUGUUGGGUUCAAUCGAUUGUUUGGACGAUUUACUUCGUGCUGGCAUCACAUUAGCGGAAAAUGUCGUCGUAGUCAACAAAGAAUUAAGCAAUUCUGCUGAAGAAGAUACAUUAGCCGAUUGCAAUACCAUCGUUGCGGUUCAAACGAUGUUCAAAUUCUUUCCAAGCAUAAAGAGCAUAACAGAAUUGUCCCAAUCGAGCAACAUGCGUUUCAUGCAGUUUAGGGCACAUGACAAAUAUGCUCUUCAUCUCAGCAAAAUGGAAAAGGUACUCCUCAGUGCUAGUUCCGGUGACAACUACCACAAUGAGCCUCCGAUGGGCUCUCCGAGAGAAAAGGAGAGAGGAUCCCACAUAUCGUACAUGUUUCGAUUACCAUUUGCCGCUGGCAGCGUAUUCAGUGCAUCCAUGCUCGACACACUGUUGUAUCAAGCUUUUGUCAAGGAUUAUGUAAUAACCUUUGUAAGAUUGUUACUCGGAGUUGAUCAAGCACCUGGAUCUGGAUUUCUCACGUCGAUGAGAAUAACAAAGGACGAUAUGUGGAUACGAACCUAUGGAAGACUUUAUCAAAAACUUUGUUCUACAACUUGUGAAAUUCCUAUUGGAAUUUACAGAACUCAGGACACAACCGUAUCGGAUACUUCGCACGGCGACUCAGACGCAGAGAGCGACGCCGGCGUCGGCGUGACGUACAAGGUGCGUCAUUCGGCGGCUGCAUCGUGCCUUGCAAAUUGUUCAACCCGUGACAAGGGUACCUCAGCUUAUUCGGUGAGCCUGGGUGACGAGGCAAGGGACAAUCACGCUCAACAAAUCGAGAGGGCAGAAAUCGCCAACCUGGUGCGUUCCCGAAUGGAAUCCUUGAAUCUACCUGUAGCCGAUUACGACGACGUAUCAGAAAAACGCAACAGCCUGUCCUACGUAAUCAUCAACCCUAGCUGCGAUUUAAAGUUGGAGGAAGGUGACAUAGUUUAUUUGGUCAGGCCUAGUCCAUUUUCGGCGCAGAAGACCUUCGAGCGUCACAACUCAAGGCGUAAGAGCAACAUCAGCUUUUGCUCGGCACAAUUAGUCUCGCAGAUGAACGCAGCGGUCGCCUCGGCAGCUGGAUUUCCCGGUGGUUGUCCGGGUGGUAGCCGUCGAGGUUCGGCCAUUGGCUUGGCCAGACCACCCCCAUUAGGUACAACAAAAUCGAACUCUUUGUCUCUUCCCGACAGUCCUACAGUAGCCGGUACACUUAGAGGACGUUCGAAUUCCUUGAGAGUAGUCGAUGACAUCCUAUUGAGACGUAGCAACUCUUUGAGACAAGGACUCACCGUUUCGAGGAGAAAAAGCAGCUUGGAGGACAUCGGAUUGGGUGCUUUACCACAUCCCACCAAUCACAACCCUAUAAAGAUAGCGCUCAACGGAUCUAUCGGUUUGGAAGUUACUCCACCGGAAGAAGGUUCUAUGGGUGGUGGGGGUGUAGGUGCAAGUAAUACGGGAAUACUCGAUGUUGGUUUACCAUCAAUACCGAGUAUGGGUCUUGGAUUUGGACCUUCAUUGGGUACAGGACUGUGCAGUUCCUUAGGUGGUCUGUACGAUCCAUCUAAUCUUCAAAGUCCCAUGGUGCAAUCACCCCAAUCACCGCAAAUUCAAGCAACGCAAGAUCCACAGCACAUACAGGGAACGAUAGUAUGAUAUAACCUUAUGUGGGGACGCAGACUAUCCGGCGUAGUGCGAAACAAAUGGCUCUAGCGUUCCCACAUAUUUAGGUAUAUAUUAGUAAUCGUACAAGUCGUUUUAAACGAGCGGUAGCGUGCUUCUUCGUAAUCAUCAAACGGUGAUAUCUCCCCCUCCCCAACCAUCUGAUUCAUCACUACAAUCCUGACCCCCUGACUACCCAUGCAUACAACACGAUCGUGCAUGGAAUUUCGAUGGAAAAUGUGCAAAACCACCGCAUUGCGCCUUUUACCAUCGUUUAUCCUUAAUCCAAAUAGAAUUUAUUGUUAGACGAACCCCCACCCUCAAGUAGAUGAUACUCUUAUGAUGCAGCAGUAAUAUUAUUUCCUUACAGUUUUUUUUUUAACUACCCUAACGAUUUACAAACUGUGAUAUAUUAUACUUUCGUAUGCGUUACCUUUUUAUCUAUCGUUGUGAUUUAUUUUUCUAUUUCAAUUCGUUUGAUAAUUUUUUCUAUUUUUUCUUUUUAAUUUAUUGACAAAAAUAAAACAACAAAGGCGAAAGUAUUACGACGAAAGGAGUAAACUUUAAAUCUUUUCAUUCAAAUAAUUAAUAUUCUAUGUGUGUUCAACAUAACAAUAUGUAUAUAAAUUGAAGACAUUUUUCUGAACGAUUUACUACUACUACUGUCAUCAUCAAACAAAUUGAUCUACUCACAAGCCAAGUCGUUCUCCUACUCGUUCGCGUAGCAAGCAAAGUGAUUGAUCUUUUCGUCAAUCGUAAAUGGGGAGGGGGAGGGGUGGGUCAACGUGACGUUUUAAAACAAAUGAUACAUAAUAAAAUAAGUGAGAUUCCUAACCAGAAAGAACCAACCAACAAAUAUUAAAAACACGCGGUUUAUUCUAUUAAUCAUUUGAAAAGGUCUCGAUCGGUGACAAAUAUCUAAUUUGGAAUUUUUUUUUUUUUUUUUUUAUAAAGAGACAG